AUGAAUUCAGGCGACAAGGAUUCCUCCUGGCUUAAGUGCCAGUGGAACGGAGAUCCAGGCGGCUGGGCUGAUUUCCUCAGAUGCGUUCGUUUGGCCUUUGAGAAGACGGCCCGUCGCAAACGACAUCUACUGGGGCCCGAGAUAGUGGGCCAGUUGAGCGGCCGUGCCUGGGUGGUGACUCAGGAGUUAGAUCAUCGUCAGCUUGUUCGUCGAGACGGAGUAGUGUACCUGAUCGAGUUCCUUCGCGAUCGAUUGUGCAAAACGCCCAUACCUGAUGUUGGGUUACGUCUCGAACAGCUGAUGAUCAGACUCAGAAGAAGUCCGGGCACUAGCAUGGCUACAUGGGCCACUCAACUUCGGGAUGCCUACCGCCAGCUACAACUUGCUUUGGCACGUGCACGGAAAGAGCCUCGGACUUCCGCCUCUUCUGCUUCUCCAACCAGUACCCCUUCGAAGCCUCGAACCUCCAGGCGUACCAGCCGAGGAACCGUAGAGGAGCCGCUCGCUGAAGACCAGACGGAAGGUGAGCAGGAUGAGACGGAGACUCUGGCUGGGCCUCCUGAUGAAGAGGAGCUUCGACCUGGAGGCGAUGACGAUCCACCUUCUUCUCCGGUUCGGACUCCAGGGUCUAGGAACUCACGCCGGCCCCGCAAGGACAAGGACAGCGACAGUGACGAUAGCGUCAAGGCUUUGGCAGACCUGGAGAUAUGGAACCGCUAUGAGGAGAAGCUUGAGGAAGUGCUCCCAUCAGAGCUACUUGGAUGGCUCUUGCUCAGACGGGCAGGGCUGAGCGCCCAGGCUCGGCUGAGUGUUCAGGCGGCUUCGGGAAACUCUUUGAAGCUUGACCGAGUAGAGGUGGCUCUUCGGGGAAUGGAAGAUGAACUCUUGGCUCAGGAACAUGUGCGAGUACCCCAUGCCGGACAUCGAAGACGAUCGUUCUGGGUGGAAGAUGAGGGCCAUUGGAGUAUCUUGUUGGCUGAUGAAGAGGACCUUGGCGAAAGUUUGGAGGGCAUUCCUCUACACUAUGUGGGCGAUGAGACCGCCUUUAACGUUUGGGAUGCCGAGGACGACUACAGUGAAGAUCUUCGCCAGAGUGCUCCAGAAGAUGCCUACUGGGGCGAUGAGCCUGCCACCUGGGGUUAUGACGAGGACCCUUUGAGCAUCCUCUCGGCUGAGGAGUUGCAGCAGGUGGAGGAAGCCUACCAGACAGCAGACACCAAACUACGGUCCUUUGUUGACGCUCGGAAAGCAGUUCGAGCUCGCCAUUUGAGCCGCGGGUUUUAUCCUUUUACCCCGCAAGCAAAAGGUUUCAGAGCUUCCAAGGGGAAGGGCCGUGGUCGCCCCUUCUCAAAAGGGAAGGGCAAGGGCAAGAAAGGCUCCUCUCCUUCUUCUCCGACCGCCAACAUGACUGUGCCCGUCCUGUUGAGUGAGAGUUCUGCUUUUGCGGUGAACCCUGGUCAGGCAGGAUACAGCGGCUGCUUCAUUUGUGGAGAUAAGAACCACCAGUUCAGGGACUGCCCAAAGCGAUCCUCCAAGGGCAGUGGCAAGGCAGGUGGCAAGGCAGGUGGCAAGGUUCACUUCCACAUGGACAACGAGGUGUACAUGCUCACCGAGGUUCCCCUGGGCAGCAAUGACACAACAGCUCCCACGACUUCUCCAAUGGCUACCAGAACAGCUCCCACGACUUCUCCGAUGACUACCAGAACAGCUCCCACGACUUCUCCGAUGACUACCAGAACAGCUCCCACGACUUCUCCGAUGGCUACCAGAACAGCUCCCACGACUUCUCCGAUGGUUUCCAAGGUCGACCUGGUGACUCACGAUGAUGGUUCAGUGACUUCAGCUCCGUUGGUGCUCGCUGUGCAAGAAGGCGGACCAGAUCAGACCUCAUCUACUACACCCAGUCCCGUGAUGGAUGUUCCCGACAUGAUUCUGGUGCAGAAGGCAGCAUCUGGGUCCAAUUUGGACGGGUUUGCAGUCUUGGACUCAGGAGCCACUGAGACAGUCGGAAGCCUUCCCGCUUUGGAGUCUUUGAUGCUAGCGAGGUUUGAGUCUACUCAUCAAAUCGAAGAAAUAUCAGUCACCAAUGUUCCUCCCAAGCGCUUCAAGUUUGGAAAUGGAUCCCAAGACAUGUCUUCGUCGCAUGUACUCUUACCUGUCACUCUUGGCGCACGCAAAGUUCCUAUGGGAAUCUACACGCUAGAUGUGGAAGGAGUGCCGCUGCUCAUAGGCAUUAAGACACUUCGUCGGUUGCGCUCUGUUAUCGAUUGCCAUCGUGAUGUGCUGGUUAUGGGUGCUGUGGAUCCGCACCGAGGUAUCCAGUUGAAGCGCAGUGUGACAGGCCAUCUUUUGCUGGAUUUACGGCAGGACUUGAUGGUUCACUCCUUUAGCUUGAUGAACCCUCGCGCAAGAGUCGCUCCACCGGUUCUUCCGCAUCGUGAUGAAACAUCGUAUAUGGUUCAGUCAUUCGAGCAAGGGGAUUCGCCAGUGAGUGAUGUCAUGCCUGCUCUGUGUGAUCCAGCUCCUGAAUCCGGCCAUGUUGCAAGUGAGUGCGUUUCAGAUCAUGCUUUCGACAAUGAGGUCCCGGUGACUGCUGAUGCAUUCCGGCUCGAGGAGACGGACUCAGAGUCCAUGCGCUCUCACAGCAUCCUGCUUUCUCUCCUCGCCCUUCAUGGCCCAAAGCACAACGAGAAGGGCGAGGAACAAUUCGUGACCUCCGGGACGGAGGCAACCAAAGCGAAGCCCAAGAAAGGGGGCUACAAGUCUCAGCCCUUGGACUGGGACAGAACUGUCGAGAGCGAUCCCCGGGACCCUCGACACAGCGGACCUCCGUGCAACGGCAACCACACUCCUGCGAAGAUGUACAAGGGCAGCCCCUCAGGAGCGAAUCAGUAUGGCGAAUGGGUGGCAUGCGAACGAUGUCUCUUGCGCCUCCGGUACACACCGCGAGCGGGGUGCCAUGCUCUGCACCGCUCUCCGGGAGCCCUGCCGAAGGAUGUCCAGUCUGCGAUUCAGGAGGAGUUACCUCAACUGACCACGCUGAAGGACAAGGACAUUGGCUGGGCAGCAGCGGAGAAGAGUGCCGAGGACAACCUCCAACGAGUUCGCCAGGCCCGAAUGAGCCAUCAAGCUGGGCUCAAAGGAGCGGCGCCCAAACGGGGCUCGCAAAAGGGCUCUCCGACUACCGCGACUCCGAACAGUCCUACACCGGCGGCGACCUCUCCCACGAGCUCUUUGGCAACUUCGGCGGUGCUGGUCGAGGUGGAGGAGAUCCCGGACGGCAUGCAGAACCACCCCGGUCGGAAGGCAGUGCGGCACCACGAGGAGACGGCGGAGGCCCAGGAGUACAACCAGCGAGGAAAAGGGAACAAAGACUUCUCCCUCAAGGCGAUGGAGGACUUCCUGGGACAGCUUCGAGCCGCUCAUGCCGUCCCUCAACGAAAGUUCAUGGACAAGAAGACCACCUCCUCCUUCGUGGUGAGCUACGGGUUGUAUGCCCAUGGAUCCCAGUCGGGAGUCAUGAACUCCACUUUCCAGAAUCCUCAUUUGUGCAAGUUCGUCAACCAAUGGCUUCGAGUGUGGGCACCCUCUUCUGCCCAAUGGACUACCUUCUCCAUUAUCUACAACAUGGAGUCCAAGCCUCACCGUGACUUGCACAACUUAAAGGGCCAGCCGAACUACGUCAUCACUUUUGGAGAGCACGAGAAUGGUGAACUUUGGCUUGAACGGCAACUUGAUGAACCACAAUCUACAGAUGAUCGCCGUCGCCGCAAACCCAACGGCUCUCUGGCCUCUGGCAUCUUGGUUUCUCCCCGACACAAGGUGAUCGAGUUCACACCUGACAGGUGGCACGCCACCAUGCCCUGGAAGGGAACGCGCAUUGCUCUGGCAGCAUUCACUGCCCGAUCCUUUCGGGAUCUUGAUCCUGAGCUGCGACGUGAUCUACUACAAGCCUCCUUCCCACUUCCAAAACCAACAGCUUUGGCGUUGAGCGUGGCUGAUGACAACAACCAAGGUAUGCAAGAAUCUUCCCUCACAGCGGACGAAAAGACGAUGAUCCUCAACGACUAUGAGGAGUACCAAGACCUCCUCUUCGAGAACUUCGAGGUGGAGGAUCCUGAGGCGUCCUUAUUUGGCUUGGAGAUCUGCUGCGCUUCUCCUUCCAACCUACGUGAGGAACUACAAGCUCGAGGCGAGUGGGUUCAAACUCUUGGCUUUGCUGAAGGUGGUGAUCUCGGAACAGUUCGAGGAGCCGAGUUAGUCAAGGCCACGGUGAUGAAUAAGUCCCCGCGGUGGCUGGUGUGCCACGUUCCGUUGGGCCCAGAGCGGAAAGGAAUGAGUGAUGAGAUGAGCUCUUCCGCCUGGAGACGUUUCUCCAAGGUGGUGAAACAUCUUCUUGAAGUGGCCCAGGUGCAAAUCGAUGCUGGUGGUGAAGUGCUAUGGUGCCAAGCGAAGACAAGCUCAGCACGCUUUCUGACAAGCGUUCGGGUCUUCUGGCAUCAGCACCAAGACCAUGCUGAAGGCCGCCUGAUGCAAUGUGGCGAUCAAGGUUUUCGAUCUACUUCGACUUCCCUGCUGCAGUGCCUGCCGUGCUCCUGGACGGCGCCAGUUGAUUUGAACAAAGUGGUGGCCCGGACGAUGCAGCAGGUUACCAGGAACGAUGCGGUGUUUUCUUUGAUCGGUGCCGUGGACAUGACGGUUCUCGACGGCAUCUCUGCAAAGGAACUUGGAGAGCUGAUGGAACGAGCCCAUCGCAUCCACUCUCGGCUAGGUCAUCCCUCAAACCGUCUCCUGGUGAAGAACCUUCAAGCUCGCCAUGCUGACAAGAAGUUGAUUGCUGCGGCCUCACAGCUGAAGUGCGACGCAUGUUUGGAGAGUCGAAUCAAGGUCCCACGACCACCUGUGGAUUUAUCCAGAUCCGACCGCCUGUGGACCGACCUCCAGAUGGAUCUGUUCCACAUGAAGAUUGACGAUCGCAUCUACCACUUCCUCCUCUUCGUUGAUGAGUGCUCGGGUUACGCGGUGAUCCGUCUUGUGUUUGAUCACCCGUCCAACCAAGGCGGCAAUGCCACUUCAGCUCAGAUCUGUCACCUCCUGGAGGAAGCGUGGACGCAGUACUUUGGAUUCCCUGAGAGGAUCAAGCUGGAUGCAGAAAGUGCUUUGCGAGGUGCUCUGCUUCGGGACUGGUGCGCGACUCGAGGUGUAGAGCUUCUUCAUGCUCCUGCAGAACAUCAUCAAUUUAUCAGCGAAGUGGAGAGAUCCAUUGGCACUCUCCGGAGAAAGAUCGAGACCUUCAUCCGAGAGCGACCGGAACCACCUCGUCAAGUGGCUCUCUCCAUGGUGACCUCGCACAACAGCUUAGCCCGCAUCCACGGCUUUUCUCCACUUCAAUGGGCGCUUGGCCGCGACCUCACUUUGAGUGGACAUGCUAAUGAAGGUCACAAUGAACUCUCUUCGCUCUCAAGUGCUGGGACCCCUGGGUCAGAUCUUCAUGCAGUGCAACGACUACGACUACGCGCCGCCCAGGCAUUCCUUGAGUUCCGCCACAAGGACCUUGGUGAUAGAGCUGCUCGGUCCAAGGCUUCGGCGUACCAGCACUACCUCCCGGGCGACUUGAUCUACUACCGCCGGUACAAAACACCUCAUGAUCUCCCAGCGAAUCUAUCUACGGACCAUCCAAGAAUGACUAUCUCUCGAUGGUUCGGACCUGCGAGGGUCCUUGCGACGGAAACCCGAGGUGCCCCGGGAGAACGCCGACCUUCCUCGCAUCUGUGGAUAAUCGCUCAAGGCAGACUCAAGAAGUGCCACUACACCCAGGUGCGACCGGCCUCUGAGUCAGAACACUUGAUUGCACAACAAUCAACUGGAACCACGUAUCCCUGGACCAUGUCGAACCUCACCUCUAUGCUGAACAAAGGAGCCUACGAGGACAUGACGAAGGAGCGUGCGGUGUAUCCAGAUGAUCUCGAGCUCCCCGGCAUUGAGGACUACGACAACGAGCAAGCUGAGGAACCGAGAGAAGGACCUUCUGAUGUUCUAGCACCUGACUCCGAGGAGGAACUAAUCCCUGCAGGUGAUGCCUCUUCUCGGAAACGUGAUGCUCCCGAGCCUGACGGUGAGGAAGAAAUGGUUCCUGGGGAUGAACUCAUCGACUUGAACAAGCUCUUCAAUGACCCAGGCUACAUGCCGUUUCAGCCGAUCCCUGCGUCGGCCCGUGUGUCUCCCUAUCCUCAAGAAAGCUUUCGAGAGCAGCGAGCCCGCCAUGAGCAGGAAGACCGGCCACUACACGUCAAGCAAGGAAAUGCCUCCAAUUUGUUCUUGGAGACGGCCGAGCCAGACAAAGUCUUUGCGGUGACCAUUGAUGCCCCUGCUGAUGCUCAAGCUUGGAAGAAGAUGGUCAAGCAUCCGGAAAAGUUUAUGAGCAAAGCUGUCUCCAAAGGCGUGGAGGUCAGCUGGCAACGCCUCUCGGCUGAACAGAGGGCUGCAAUGGCUGAAGCCAAAGGACUUGAGGUGGCGCAAUGGGUCCAGCUCAAGGUGUGCAAGAAGGUGGCCGAGCACGUCCCCGAGUCUCAGCUCUUGCGGAUGCGCUGGGUGCUGACGUUCAAGGAAGCUGAUCCUGAUGAGGCAGGGAACAAGAAAGUGAAGGCCAAGGCGAGGAUAGUCAUCCUCGGGUUCAGUGACCCGGGCUUGUUGGAGGACACUACGGCUUCUCCUACCAUGUCAAAGCUGACACGGCAGUUGAUGCUGAACCUGGCCUGCAUCAAACAGUGGGCGAUAUUUUCUGCAGAUGUCCGAACGGCAUUCUUGCAGGCUCGACCUGCUGAUCGUGGCAGGCGACUGUUGGCUAAGCCCCUUCCAGAGUUGGCGGAGAUGCUGGAACUAUCUCCUCAAGAAUGCGUGGAGCUAACGGGCUCAGCCUACGGGUUGGCAACAGCUCCAAAAGAGUGGUUUGCGGAUGUUUCGGCGACCCUCAAACGGCUGGGCGCCCUGCAGUGCCGCACUGACCCCUGUGCUUGGAUUGUCAUGGGCACGGACGGCGAGGUGGCUGGCGCGUUAGCCAGUCACGUUGACGAUUUCCUCAUCAUGGGAAGCGCGACAGAUGCCAAUUGGCUCGGCUUCCUGGCAGGGUUUAAAGCUGCCUACACAUGGGCACCCUGGCAACAAGGAGAUUUCGUCCACUGCGGCAUUCGACUACUCCAGCACGAAGAUUGGUCGGUGACUUUGGACCACUCAAGCUUUUGUGCAGAUUUGGUUCAGAUGGAUCCUGGAACUCCAGGAAUGCCUUUGAACGACAAUCAAGUUCGACAGGCAAAGGCGAUUUUGGGCUCAGCACAAUGGCGCGUCACUCAAUCGGCGCCUCACCAUGCUGCGAAACUCAGCAUGCUCCAGAGCUUGCUGUCAUCUCGCGACGGGGCAUGCGUGGAUCAGAUCAACAAGUUGGUGCGUGAAAUCCACAGCUCCAAGCACAUAUCAGUGCAAGUUCAGAAUCUGGGCCAGUUCGACCCGAAGGAUGCAACCUUCGUGGCCUGGUCAGAUGCUUCCCUUGCCAAUCGUCCUGACGGUACAAGCACUGGAGGAUUGAUCAUCGGACUAAUGAGUCCCAAGUCCAUCGAGGUAGGUCAGGGCAAGGCUAACAUCAUCAGCUGGCGCAGCUAUAAGCUGCCUCGUGUUGCCCGGAGUUCUUUGUCUGCUGAGGCUCAAGCUCUUAGCAAUUGCGAACAAGAGCUGAUGUACGCUCGCCUUGCCUGGUAUGAGCUCAACGGCGGCAAGAUUGAUGUGCACAAUCCGGCUGCUAGCACUUCCAAGGUUCCUGGCCACUUGAUCAUCGACGCCAGAGGUGUGUAUGACGCUUUGAUGAAGGCUGAUCCCGGCAUGGCUUCCUUCAACGUCAAGGAUAAGUAUACUUCAUUGGAGCUCAUGGGCAUCAGCGAAAACAUCCAGAAUCAAGGCACAAUCCUCAACUGGUGCGAUUCUGAUCAUCAGCUGGCAGAUGGACUGACAAAGUCUGCCAAACAGGACGUCUUGAAGAAGUUCCUGCUGCAAGGCCAUUGGCGUCUACGGCAUCCCGGUGCUUUCAUGAGUGCUAAACGCCGACGCAUCUUGGACGGUGCCGAUCGCUCGGAUCCCUUGGAUGUACAGUUUGUCGCUGCAAGCCUCCUGUGCGGCUCGGCAGAGCUGACUUCGUGGACGCUCACAGAGCGCGUGGAAAAGGACAUGAUCGACUUUGGGCUGACCCCGGACGUCGUGAGCUUCGGCGCCAGCAUCGCUGCCUGCGCACGCGCCGGCGCCUGGCCGACCGGCCUGGCGCUCUUCCGCGCCAUGAGCCUUGCUGCUGUCGAAAGCAAUGUGGUGGCAUGCAGCUCUGCCAUCAGUGCGUGUGCAAGUGGAGGACAGUGGCAGAUAGCUCUGCAGCUGUUGGCCGAGAUGCCGACGGCUGACUUGUGUCCGGAUGUGAUGCUGGUAGGAGGCGUGAUCAGCGCCUGUCAAGUGGCUGGACAGUGGGAAGCCGCCAUUCUCUUGCUCUCGAGCAUGUCACUCUUCAGGCUCUCUCCGAACAGCAUCACGUUCAAUGCUGGCUUGAGCGCCUGUGAGCGAGGUGGAGAGUGGCAAGUGGCGAUCCAGCUGCUAUCUGACAUGCCAGAACGUCACAUCGCCGUGGACAAGAUAGGGGUGAGCUCUGUCAUCAGCGCUUGCGAGAAGGGUCGGCAGUGGUCGUCAGCCUGCGACCUGCUCUCCGGGUUCCCCCAGGCGAGGUUGGCGGCAGACCUCAUCGUCUACAGCUCAGUAUUGAGCUCUCUGGCGAAAGGCUCCCGGUGGCAAGCAGCUCUUGGGCUCUUCGCCGAGAUGCCAAAACUCAGACUGAACCCAGACGCGGUCCUCUACAGCGCUGCUAUUAGCACCUGCGGCCGGGUCUCCGCGUGGCCUCAAUCGCUGCAACUGCUUACGCAGAUGCCUCUCGAGAAGCUGAAGCCCAAUGAGGUCAGCUUCAACGCAUGCAUCAGUGCCUGCGAGAGAGGUGGCAAAUGGCAAUUAGGCCUCUUCCUGAUGGCGCAGAUGCGGUCUGUGGAGCUUUCUCCGAAUACUGUCACUUACAGCUCAGCCAUCACUGCCUGCAGGAAACAGACGGAGUGGCAGGUGGCCUUGCUACUCUUCUCUCAGCUGCGUGAGUCAAGGCUCCCUCUCGACGUCGUGGCUGUUGGCUCGGGAGUGAGUGCUUGCGAAGAAGGUGGAGCUUGGCAGCUGGCUCUUACUUUCCUCUCCGAUGUUCUUGAAGCUGCGAUUUUGCCGAACCUCAUCAGCUUCAACGCUUGUCUCGGUGCCUGUGCUCGUGCCUCAGCGUGGCGAGCUGCCCAGCGGCUGCUGCAGGCCAUGGAAGCUGGGCGCAGUCCGCCGAAUGCAGUUAGCCUGACCGCCGCGAUUGCCGCCUGCAAGAAUGCUGGGCAGUGGCAAGCUGUGAUGCAGCUGCUGUCGAUGCCGCAGCUGAGCAUGGGGCGAAGCUGA